CCCAAGCCAUUACUGCGCAGCGAACGCGAAGGCCGAAGGCGUCCCGCGAGGUGGGCAACUCUCGCAGCAAAGUCCCGCGCAAAAUACUUUUGAUCUUUGGACUUCACGGAGACGCUCGAAUGCACGCUGAGCUCCAGGACCGAGAGAUUGAUGAACAUGAGCACGAGCGAGGGAGAAGCAGAGAGGUGGAGUGCAUGGAAUGUUUGUGAAUCAUAAUUCGGAUGUCGUGGAAUUCGAAUUAGAAGAGAGCUCGUUAUGUUUCCUGGCACAUUUGCCGAAUUGGAGGGCGUGCUUUGACAAAGAUUUCGCUCCAGGGUAAUUUCCGGGUCAGCAGUUUUUGAAUCCCUAUCCUCCUGGGGUUUCGGUGAAUUUGGUAGCUGGAGGUUCGGAGCUAUGGAGGGGCGGCGAAUUUAAGGUGGAGGAAGGCUUGGGUGUCUCGAUAGCAUUGCCUGGGACGGUCGUGAUAACUAGCUGUGCAGAAUGGCAGCUUCAGGGAUAUCGCAAGGGGGAAAAGAUUACCAUUUACCGUGGGUGGAGAAGUAUCGGCCAUCGAAAAUUGCUGAUAUUGUUGGAAAUCAGGACGCGGUUACGCGUUUACAGGUCAUUGCACGGGAUGGCAACAUGCCAAACCUUAUAUUUUCUGGUCCACCUGGAACUGGAAAAACUACAAGUAUCUUGGCCUUGGCGCAUGAACUUUUGGGCCCCAACUAUAAAGAAGCAGUGUUGGAGUUAAACGCUUCUGAUGAUAGGGGUAUAGAUGUAGUCAGAAACAAGAUCAAAAUGUUUGCGCAAAAAAAAGUUACUCUUCCUCCAGGUCGUCAUAAGAUCAUUCUGUUGGAUGAAGCUGACAGUAUGACGUCCGGAGCACAACAGGCACUGCGAAGGACGAUGGAGAUCUACUCCAACUCCACCCGAUUUGCUUUGGCUUGCAAUAUCUCUUCUAAAAUUAUCGAGCCAAUUCAAAGUCGUUGUGCGAUUGUUAGGUUUGGUCGUCUUUCUGAACAAGAUAUACUUAACAGGCUCCUCGAUGUCGUUGAAGCAGAAAAGGUAGCAUACAUUCCUGAAGGAUUGGAAGCAGUAGUGUUUACUGCAGAUGGCGACAUGAGGCAAGCUCUGAAUAAUUUACAGGCAACUUUCUCAGGAUUUCAAUUUGUCAACCAGGAGAACGUCUUCAAGGUUUGUGAUCAACCUCAUCCAUUACUGAUCUCAUCAAUGAUUCGUCACACGUUGGAAGGCAACAUCGACGAGGCAUAUCGAGGAAUGAAACAUCUAUUUGAUAUGGGAUAUUCAGCAUCCGAUAUUAUUACAACGUUGUUUCGACUUGUCAAGAACUAUGACAUGGCGGAGUACUUAAAGCUGGAAUUCAUCAGGGAGGUGGGUUUUGCUCACAUGCGGAUAGCUGAUGGUGUUGGAAGCUUGUUGCAACUGGCGGGUUUGCUGGCCAAGUUGUGCAAAGCCCGAACAAGAGCAAAGGCUCCUUAAUAAAGACAGUGCUCACUUUUAGAUUGUCAUCAAAACAGCAAUCAACCCGGAUUCAAUCUCCGAUCAGAUCUGACCUAAUGAAGGUGUCACACGAUCUUGAAACAUGACUUACUCUACCGAGUCGAGCAUACCCCACUUGGUUCCGAAGUAGAUUCUUACGUUUGAGUGUACUUCAUCAACAGUCACUGAAUUCCUCUCAACGGAGCUAUCGAGAGGGGAGACAAAGAGGUAAGAUACAAAUUUCACGCUUUUUCUAAAUUUCAAAUCUUGGUACAAACCUGGUGUUGGCACGCAUAACGUAACUUCCGAAGCCCGUCUUACAGUUACCCUAGUCUUCACACUUCCUCUCCUAUUAGUCGCCGUCAAUCAUUUGUUAACAUUAGGGUUAGCAAGAUGAAGAAAAGAUCUACCCUCUAGGUAGUUACCGGGAAUAGCCAUGGAAAAAUGUGCUUAGCUAUCAGAUCUUCACUUUCCGUUUGUUUUGCCGACAAAUAAUGAAACAAAGGGCUUAUUCAGAUUCAAACUUCUUGGAUCUGAAGAGAUUUAAAACCCAAAGUAAUGAAAAUAUUCCCCUCUUCGUGCCUAAAAAAAGUUGCGGUGUUUCUGAACUUUACAAAGCACACUGACAAGUCUUGCCCGUGUGAU